CUCCGGUUCCUUCUUUCUGUGGGCCGCAGUUUGUUGAGGAGAAGAAGAAGAGAGAAAAAAAUCCACCAAAUCCACACCGCAGCCUUCACCCACAGAUCACCUGCUGCCGCCGGACAAACGCUGCUGAAAUGGGAAACUGUCAACCCACAAUUUUUCCCUAUGAGGAGUUUGAUGUCGUGGCAGACAUCAAGGCCAUCCGGAAAGCCUGCAAAGGGUUCGGGACAGACGAGCAGGCCAUCAUCGACAUCCUGGCCAACCGCAGCUGGGUUCAGCGUCAGGAAAUUAAACAGGCCUAUUUUGACAAGUACGACGACGAGCUGGUGGAUGUGUUGAAGAGCGAGCUGUCGGGGAACUUUGAGAACGCCAUCCUCGCCAUGCUGGACCCGCCCGUCAUCUACGCUGUGAAGGAGCUGAGGAAGGCCAUGAAGGGAGCCGGCACUGAUGAGGACGUCCUGGUGGAGAUCCUCUGCACCGCCACCAACGCUGACAUUGCCUUGUUCAAGGAAUGCUACUUUCAAGUGCAUGAACGUGACCUGGAAGCAGACAUCGAAGGAGACACGAGCGGGGACGUACGAAACCUGCUCAUGGCUCUCAUGCAGGGCAACAGAGACGAGAGCUACGAGGUGGACGAGGACCUGGCUGAGCAAGACGCUACUUCCCUGUUUGAGGCUGGUGAGGGUUGUUUUGGGACAGAUGAAUCCACCUUCACUUACAUCCUGGCUUCCAGAAAUUACCUGCAGCUCCAGGCCACCUUCAAGAUGUACGAGCAGCUCUCUGGAACUGAAAUCCUGGAUGCCGUCGAGAACGAGACUUCUGGGACGCUGAAAAAAUGCUACACUGCUCUCGUGAGAGUCGCAAAGAACCCGCAGCUCUACUUCGCCAGACGUCUGAACGAUGCGAUGAAAGGAGCAGGCACUGAUGAGGACACCCUGAUCCGCAUCAUUGUGUGUCGCUCUGAGUACGAUCUGGAGACCAUCAAAGAAAUGUACCUGGAGAAGUACGACGUGUCCCUGAAGGACGCCCUGAAGGACGAGUGCGGCGGCGACUUCAAACGCCUCCUUCUGGCUAUUUGCCACUGAGAGCUGCAGGCAGGACGCAGGUUUUCUGUCUAACAAACUAACAACACCCGGUCCCUCCGUAUGACGAUAUUUAGGGAGCAGGAGGGUGGAGAAGUGACGAAAUAAUUAACUUGGCUUGUGUCUUGUCCAAACUGAGUUACUGUGAAUGUUAAUGGCUCUAAUUAUUGUUUUUUUUUUUUGUAACUUUUGGCACAGACUUUGUCAUUGAUUUCCGUAUGUAAGACUCAUCCGUGUUUUUAACUGCGUCUGUCAACUACUGCCCAUUUCUUAGCCGACUUUUUAGCUCUAAUUCAUAACACUUUUACCAGCAUUUAAAUAGUGGCAGGUCAUUUUUAGCCACUGUAAAAUAAAAGCACCAAGACUUCCGUAUUUCCAACAAUAACAGGACUCAUAUGCAGCCAUGUUUUAGCUUCAGUACGUCCUUUAGCCGCAUUAUUUAACGUGUUAAACCUGUGGUGUUGCUAUUACCCCUAUAUAUGCAUAUAUACUGUUUUAAAUUCUCCUUUUUCACCCUCCACGCCCCAAUUUCUGUGACUGUUAUCCUGCUGUUAGAACUAAUGCAAUCACUCCGUAUGGCUUGAAGUUUUUUUUGUUUUUAUUUUUCAUAAAAAGAAGAAGAAAUGUGAAAGUUUGUAUUGAAGGACUGUUCGGUGGUGUCACGAGGGAUAUGCAAUGUCAUGUGAAGGGAAUUGUUUAUCACAGCUGAUCCACAAAAGAGAUGAUAUAUUUUAGCUUCUUAUCAAAAGGAACUUUAUACUGAUUUACAAUAUGUUAUGUUUUUUUUUUUUUUUUUAAAUCCUGAGCAACUAGAAAAAAACUUGACAAAUCCAAACAAAAAAAAACACCUCACCUUGUUAUAUAUUUUUUGUAUUUUACUGACUAACAAGAGAGAGAAGAGAGUUUAAUAUAUAGCGUUAUGUAGUUUUAGGAAGGCCUGAGGUUCUGUGAAAAGAGAAAUGGUGUUUUGGUGGUCUGGGCAUUAACAUCAGGACAGUCUGCAUCUGUGUCAUUUGCGUGUCUAUUAAUGGCAGCUGCGAUUUGCUAUGAAUUACCACUGUUAAAAACACUUUGAAGAGCUGAGAAGAUACCCAAGCGAAGUACAGAACACGAGAUAGACGCAACAUCUACCUGGACAUCAGUUGUUUGCCUCUUUAUAGCCAAAGAUUUUAGUCUAACUGCUAAUAAAGUUUCCUGUAGCGCCA